AGAGAAGAAAGAUGUUUAGUAUGUGGAAAGUUUGACUGUCCUUUGUUCUAGAUAAGAAAUUGAAAACUAUUUUUACAAAAACACAAUCUCUUGUAAAGAGGGAGCUUUGUUCAAUGUGUGGAAGGUCUAACUGUCCUUUAAUCCUAAUCAAGAAAUCGAAACCCUCGAUUGUACUUACAUCAAAGGAAAGUCUUGUGGGGAAGUUAAGGUCUCCAAGCGUACGAAGUGUUCCCAGUCCUUCAUCAGUGAAGUCGAGAAGAGUAAAUGCACUCAUCCGACGAAAUAUCGGUACGAAAAUUGCAGCAAAUGGAUUGUUUAAACGAAUCGCCAACCACUCAUCCCUUCAGACUAUCAAGUUGGAGGCUGAACUGUUCAAAUCCGUGGAAAAUGGAGACUCGGCAAGAGUGCAGGAACUGAUUCAGUACACGGGGGCAGCUGUGAGGAGAAGCAAGACCAGUUGCACACUUCUUCAUGCUGCAGCGUCUCACAACCAAGCGGAUGUGGUGGUGUUUCUGCUGAAAUUGAUCAGUCCCAAUAUUACCAACGAGGAGGACACUCCAGCUCACGUGGCCGCUGAAAAGGGUCACACGCAAGUGCUGAAACUUCUAAAGGGAACAAGAAAGAAGCAGAUAGACUGUUGGCAGUUGGUGCAGACCCAGACAGUCACGGCGGAAAGCUGGGUGGAUGGAGUGUUGGCACGAGAGCUUGGAGUGACAACGCCUCGCCUGCUGGCCAAUGCCCUGAACAUGGAGUCGAUCGUGACCCUGUUUGACAAGAAAGCAUCAAAAAGGUGCAGCCAAACCGUCGAGAGUAAAUCUCUGCCAUCAUCCGCAUUAAGCACAGUACACAUCAAGGUCUCAACACGACAGUUUCGCGUGAGACGGGCAACAGUAAUUCAAGGAGGUGCUGAUGUGUACAAGAUGGACAAGGAGGCACGAGGCUUUGUUCGCAUCUUGAACUUCAGUUGUUUCAAGGACAGAUCCGACCUGAACCUUCAGCAACUCGACUACGAUGCUUGCAUAAUGUCAGAUGUAUUUGAUAAGAUGGGAUACAUGUGUAAAACACACUCGUCACUCACGGCUCAGCAGACUAAGGAGGUCUUGAAAAACAUUAGGGAUGGUGAUGAGCUAACGGACGUCGGAUGUGCCAUAUUUGUCAUAUCUGGCUAUGGUGUUAAUGGCAGGAAGAUUCUCACAUCUGACAUGCAAUGUGUCGACACAGACUACAUUUUGAAUCUCUUCAAAGAUUCCGAAUGUCCUCAGCUCAGAAACAAACCCAAACUUUUCAUCUUUAAUUUGUUCAAAAGUGAAGCUAUCACGAGUUCAAGAAGUGAAUCUCCGAAAGUGGUGAGAUUGGCAGAUCCUCUCAAGGACAUGGCUUGUAUAUAUUCCAACAGCAUCGGUCUCGACUGCGUCCCGAAUGGGAAAGGAACCUCCUUCAGCUGGUCCUUGUGUCGCGCUUUGGCAGACCAUUCUGCUGAGCAGGAACUCGGUGACCUCUACCGAGAAUUCCUGAAGGAGUACAGCAAGAGCUCUCCUUCUUCGUCACCCGAGUUGAGGCUCUUUGGAUUUACAAAAAAGUUCUUCUUUAAUCCAUUGUAAUCUGAAUGACAUCCCUUUGGGAAUUUUGAACUUGGUUAAUCAUUGUCUGAUUUUCAGAAGUAUAACAAUUAUGAGGGAGUGAAUUCUUGAAAAUAGUUGCACAUGAUAUGAAGUGGAUUUCUAAAAUUUAUGAAAGCAUUUAUUUUCCAUAUUCAUAUGCUUAAGGGGCACACUAUGUAAAUAUUGCGUAAAUACAUCCGACGUCAGUU